GGAAGCAUGACUCCGUUCUUGGUUCCCAUUUUCUUGCUCUGCCUUAUUUCAUCCCUGGCCACGGCCGCCAACUUCAAUCUAGUAUACCAGUGGAAUGAAUUGGACUACGAGUGGCCCUCCGAGGCAAGCAGGACACAGGCCAUUGAAAACGGAACUUACAAACCACAGAAUAUUAAAGUUCGCUUCAUGGCUGUGUUCGGAACAAGGAUCUUUCUCAGUCUGCAUUUUUCUAAUGGCAUUCCGGUGACUCUGGUUUCUUUGUCGACGAGCAGCGCGUCCUCUGCGUCCCCGAAACUCACUCCAUUCCCUUCGUGGGACAUGCAUGGCUAUGGUGACUGCGACAAAAUUGAAGAAGCAACAGGCCUGGAAGUGGAUUCUUCAGGCAUGCUGUGGGUUCUCGACGAGGGUAGCACCAAUACCAAUUGCACUGCCAAACUAUGGAUUUUCAACAACAAUCACACCGAACUCAUUCAUCGAUUUUCUUUUCGCUUUUACGUGAACGAUUUGGUGCUCGACGAAACGCGCAAUGGAACCAGGGCCUACAUCUCGCGGAGGCGUCAACGACACAUUGUCGUUUUUAGUUUGGAUAGAAAUCAAUCUUGGAUGGUGGAAACGCCAGGAAUCGAGGUUUUAUCCAUUGCCCUAUCUCCUAAGAGUAAGGAGGAACCGAAACAGCUUUACCUCAGCAAAUGGAACUCCAAUGAACUUUAUUCAAUUUCCGUUGACGCACUUCGCAAAGGAACUCCAACUGCGAAUCCGAAAUUAAUCGGCAAAUGGACUGCAACUGAUUCGUAUAGAAUGCUGAUGGACAACCACGGGACCUUGCAUGCCGCCUUUUGGGGAAAGAACUAUAUUAACUCUUGGAAUACUUCCCAACCAUUCGAAGAGCAGCGUUUUCAUGAGGUCACUGUGCGGAUUCUUUAUUGGCCGUUUACUUUUGGCUUGGACCAAAGUGAAACUCUUUGGAUGACGGUGUUUGACGCUGAAAGUGUGCAAAAACUCAGGCUUUUCAAGGCUGCAGUCGAUGACUCGCCAAAAUAGAUGGUUCAAGUGGUGGAGAGAAAUACGUUGCGGAACACGCCGCCCAAAGCAGAAUAUUCUUCGUUUUCCUCUUUUCCGUGGCUUUUUUGUAGUCGUUUUGUACCGGGCUUUUUUUGAUAUUUUGAGAAGUGUGUUGUGUGGUUCCUUGAUUGUGCAUAUUCAUGAAAGAAUAGAAGAAACCUCUUUCCUAUUCAUUGCGAUGAAGAUUCUUUGUAACAUUAAUAAAUCAUCAAGUUUCA